AAACAGUAGAAACUAGAAACAGUAGAAACUAUAGUACCUUACGACAUACUGUCUGACGUCUGUACUGUCUGUAGCACGAACUAAGAUAUCUUAGUUCGUGGUCUGUAGUAACUAGUCUUAAAUCACUAGUCACUACUCAGUAGUAACUUGUAUUAUACGAAACAACUUACUUUGUCGCAAACUGAAAAAUAAUAUUAUAUUCAAACGUCUAAGACCGAAAUUUUCUAACGGAAUGUAUUAAUGAUGUCCUGACUCUUGAGAUCGUUCACCUGGAAAUCUGCAGUCAUGAUCUACGUUCGCCGAUCGAACAAGUUAUACAGUACUGUUGUGGGUAGCAGCAGCCUUAAGCAAAAUCCAAGCCGAUUUUCGUUUCCGGAACGUUUUCGUGGUACGAUUGUUGAACGUUGGAAACAGUAUUGGGAAAGCGUGGCAAAGGAUUAUUAUGAGUCGACAGUGGGCAUUGGAACAUAUGCAAAAGCGAAUCCAAUAAAAAGCCUGUUGAUGGCAGUAACUACUAGUUGUGCGUAUUAUUGCGCAUCAACCAACCCUGAUGAACGUAGUUACAGAUCUGAAAUCAUUGAUUGCUCCAACAACAUGCUGUAUAUUUCUCCAGCUGUACGGAAUCCAUCUGCUGUCCAACAUUUAGAAUAUAUAGAAAAGUGUUAUAAUGUGGGCGUCGUGAAAAGGCUGAAUUUACUUUUGUUUUCUGUCAUUUGGAUUGAUGAGUUUAAUGAUGAUAUACAAGCAUACAAAGCAAACUGUAAAUAUUUAAAGCCUUCAAUAUUAUCAGUACAUAAGCGUGCUAUAGAUAUAGGGUUUUUAAACGUCUGGUGGGGCCUCAAAAAAAUAAUGGUCGAUUAUGACGUGAACCCAGAAGAAUGGAAAGAUUAUAAAGAACCAGAGUAAUCUUACUUAUUAUUCUUGUUAUACAAUUUGUUUAGUUUCUGUUUGGUAAUAAAAUAAAUUAAUCCUUAUUAGGAUUUAUACAAAACGUA